AAACUCCUUCUGUUGCGCAGAAAAAGAAGAAAAUAUCAAAAAUGCCAGGUUGUUGCGUGGAGAAAUGCAGCAAUCGCAGCCUAUAUCUAUCCUAUCGGACGCCAUUUUUGCUCCAGCUUAUCUUAUUGAGAUCAAAAUUGCGGUCCUUUGUUAAUCUAGUGACUUUACUAGGUAUCAUUUUAUUCUUGUUUAACAUUCAGUGAACAACAAAGAUAAAAUGAUACCCUGGAGCACUCGGAUGAUGUUUCUGUACACAGCCCUAAUACUAUACACUAUACUUCUUCAUGGUGCCCUAACCUUAACCGAAUGUUUAUAUCAACGUAAAUUUCAUGCUUUGAAGUGUAAAUAUUAUUUUAUAUUAUAAUGGAAGCGGAAGGCAGCGGCUUACAAGAACGAAAUGUAAACACAAAUCUUGAUGGGCUAGAAACAAUUGAGCAAAAAAUAAUUGCUCUAGCACAAGCGAGACCCAACAAAGGUAUUUCUGAUAAGGACUUAGCUAUUGAGAUCCCUGAUUUACGGCCAGAUCAAAGGGCACAAAUUAUAAAUAAGCUCUUGAAGCAAGAAUGUUUUGAGCUUUAUAAUAAUAAACAAACAGGAGUGCUUUCCUAUCGUUUGAGAGAUCCAACAAAAAUUGUUAAGGGUGCAGAUAAUGAAGAGAAAGUAGUAUAUAAGAUUAUUGAAGAAGCAGGGAAUAAAGGAAUAUGGACUCGAGAUAUAAGAUUUAAAUCUAAUUUGAUGCAUACUCAAUUAAAAAAGAUUCUGAAAAGUUUGGAGACCAAAAAGUUCAUUAAAGUUGUUAAAUCUGUAGCAGCAAGUAAGAAAAAAGUGUAUAUGCUAUAUAACUUAGAACCUGAUGAAUCAAUAACUGGUGGUGCAUGGUACCAAGAUCAAGAUUUCGAAACGGAAUUUGUUGAUGUAUUAAAUCAACAAUGUUAUCGAUUUUUGGAGCAAAAAAAAGAAAAAACGAAAAAUUGUAAUAUUGGGCCUGUUGCUGCAAGGAACAUGACAUUUGCUUCAUCUAAGGAUGUAUGGAAAUUUAUUUCAGAUUUAGGAAUAAGUAAGGUGAAAUUAUCUGUAACAAAUAUAGAAAUGAUUUUAAAUACAUUAGUUUAUGAUGGCAAGGUCGAACGAAUACUUGCAGGAGAUGGAAGUAAUUUAUACCGAGCAAUUGAGCCUUUAGUCAUUUCACCUGGAUUAAUUAGAACUCCUUGUGGCUUGUGUCCAGUGAGAAAGCAUUGCUUUGAUGAUGGGCCAGUUACUCCUAUAAAAUGCCAAUACAUCAGAGAAUGGUUAGAUUAAAAUUAUUUUCAAAAUAAAAAUAAUGUAAACUAACUUUAAUUUAAUCUUUUUAUGUAUAUUAUGAAUGUAUAUUAUGAUAUAUAUUGUCAUGAUUUGUGUCACAUAAAAU